GAGAGCUUCGCUGCCAGCCAGCCACAGCUUCCUCAUCCAGGUACCAUUUUCCUUUUCUCUUUGCACAAGAAGUGCAGAGCAGGUGCAGCCAUGGCCUCUCUUCAAAACUACCGCGUUUUAAGUAAAAUUCCAGCUAAUUCUUUUCUUGGUGUUUCACUUUCACCUCUUCCACUCUUGCUGCAUAUGAGAGGAGGAAGAGUUGUUGUUUCACAAAGUUUAUACAGAAAAGAAAAUUAUGUUUUCCUGAGAAAACGAUGCGGCAACAUAACAUCAAACAGAGAGAGAUUUACUAUCCCCAGAAGUAGCAGCAAUUCAUCAGAUUCCAACAGCACAAAAGAUGAAUCUUCGAGUCAAAACAAGACGCCCUUUGGGUACACAAGGAAGGAUGUUUUAUUUAUUGGACUUGGGAUUACUGUCAUUGGAUACGGCUUAAAAAGUGGUUUAGAGUUUUUUGGAGUUGAUCCAUUGCAAGCUGGGAAUAUUGUUGAGUUGGUAAUAGUUUUGGGGCUUACACUUGGCUGGGUUUCAACAUACAUCUUUAGAGUUUCAAACAAGGAAAUGACUUAUGCUCAACAAUUGCGGGACUACGAAAACAAAGUCAUGGAGAAGCGGUUGGAAGGCUUGACAGAAGCAGAGCUGGAAGCAUUGCUUGAACAAGUUGAAGAAGAGAAGAGACGUCUAGCAAGUGGUGAGCAACUUAAUUGAAGUUAAUUUUGGGAGUUGAAUGACAGAUAUUAGCCUCUUUUAUGUAUAUAUAUUUUAGCUUCAUUUAUAGUUUUUAUAAUUACACUGGUCCAGUAGCUAGAAUCCAACUUUUUUUCUUUUGAUUUAAGCUCAAAGGAAAAAAAAAAAUGAGUAAAUUUGCAGAUGAAAUAAGCCAGUGUGUUUGAUAUAAACCUUGGAUUAAUCAUACCUUAAAAACUAGUUAUUAAGAUUAGAGAGUUUAAACAU